UUUUUCCCUCCUUCCCAAUCGAGUCUGGGCGCCAAGCCCCAGAGUGCUCAUCACGCUGGACCCUGGCGCGGAGCCCUGGCAUCACGACUCGGAGGCCGAGACUCUCUCCUGGAGUCACCCAGGGGAGAUGGAGCCAUCCCACUGUGUGGAGGAGCUGGAGGAUGAUGUGUUCCAGCCAGAGGAUGGGGAGUCGGGGACCCAGCCCGGGAGCGUGCUCUCUGCUGACCUGUUUGCCCAGAGCCAGCUGGACUGCCCCCUCAGCCGGCUUCAGCUCUUCCCUCUCACCCACUGCUGUGGCCCUGGGCUUCGACCCACCAGCCAGGAAGACAAGGCCACCCAGACCCUCAGCCCAGCCUCCCCAAGCCAGGGUGUCAUGCUGCCUUGUGGGGUGACCGAGGAACCCCAGAGACUCUUUUAUGGCAAUGCUGGCUACCGGCUUCCUCUCCCUGCCAGUUUCCCUGCAGGCUUGCCCCUUGGGGAACAGCCCGCUGAAGGGCAGUGGCAACAUCGAGCAGAGGUACAGAUUGCCCGAAAGCUUCAGUGCAUUGCAGACCAGUUCCACCGGCUUCAUGUGCAGCAACACCAGCAGAACCAAAAUCGCAUGUGGUGGCAGAUCCUCCUCUUCCUACACAACCUUGCUUUGAACGGAGAAGAGAACAGGAACGGGGCAGGUCCCAGGUGAGGCUGGGCUGCCCUCUUCUCAUGGGGCACCAGGAACACGGUCUGGAACAGGAAGGACGUCGGGCAGGACUGACACUGUGUCUUGUGGAGUUGUUUUUUGUUGUU